AUGGCGAAAGAAAUCACUAAAAAACGAAAGAUUCCCAAAGAUUCUACCAGCGAAUCCAAAACAUCCUCCAAACGUCGAGCCGUGGCAAGCGACCAGUCAAAAAAUGAACAGACCAAGAUCGAAGAGCUAGAAGCUCAAAUCUCCGAAUCGAGAAAAUACUACAACAACAUUGCGACUUUGAUUUCCAUGCUUAAUGUCGACAACAUAAAAGACAAUAAUGAGCAGCCAAACCUUGCAGUAACCGUUGCCCUCUGCCGUGUUUUCUGUCGACUUAUCGCCGGCGGAAACUUGCAAUUGCCUUCCAAGGCUAGCGAGCAGGAACAGAUCGUGGUGGGGUGGUUGAAGGAGAGACUGCAGGAAUAUCAGAAUGCUUUACUGGAUAUUAUUCGAUAUGCAGAUUCGUCUUCUCAGAUCACUGCCCUGACCUUGUCUAUGCGACUUGUGAACGUGCGCGCAACCCAUAUCCCCGAAGCAGAAGUUCAGGUCUGGACCACUGGCUUGUUCCAGUCUAUAUUUGAGGCUUUGAUCGAGGCAGCAAAUGGUGAUUUGGUACGCACCGAAUUUGUCGAAAAGUUCGUCAAGGAAUUCGACGACGUGAGGUUCUACACCUUUCAGAAAAUAUCAUCCUACGCCUCCGAACGAUCCCCCGAAAUCCUUGAACGACUAAUCUGGAUCCUAUCCCAAUGCGACUCCGCCAUUCCCCAAGACUACAAAUUCACAAACUUCCACGGCCAGCAACCAUCCAAAAAGGAAAAAUCCAAAAAUCCAUUGUUGUCCGUCAACUCACACAGAAGAUGGGCCCAAGACGCCUGGCUUGCGGUUCUACGAAGCAGCAACUUAUCCGAAGCGCAACGAAAAUCCCUUCUCAAAAAGAUGGCACACACAAUCGCACCCUGGUUCCUUCGGCCCGAACUCCUCAUGGAUUUCCUGACAGACAGCUACAACGCUGGCGGCUCAACAGCCCUUUUGGCACUAUCCGGUCUUUUCUAUCUAAUCCAAGAACGAAACCUCGACUAUCCACAUUUUUACACAAAACUUUAUUCUUUGCUAGACUCUGAAUUACUACAUUCCAAACAUCGUUCACGGUUCUUCCGUCUGCUAGAUACAUUCUUGGGAUCGACUCAUUUACCGGCUACCCUUGUAGCGAGUUUCGUCAAGCGAUUGGCAAGGCUAGCCCUUAACGCGCCGCCCAGUGCGAUUGUGGCUAUUGUCCCAUUUGCAUACAAUUUACUCAAGAGUCAUCCGACGUGCACAUUCAUGAUUCACCGGGAUAUCAGCAACGACACCAAAAAGAAAGCCACGAUCGAAGCGCAGGGCAUGUCUGACCCGUUUAUGGCGGACGAGACAGAUCCAACCCUCACAAGGGCUAUGGAGAGUAGCCUCUGGGAACUCGAAUCUCUACAAUCUCACUACCACCCAAACGUCGCUGCAAUUGCGCGAAUCAUAUCUGAGCAAUUCACAAAGCAAUCGUAUAAUAUUGAGGACUUUUUGGAUUAUAGUUAUCAGGGCAUGUUGAUGGCGGAGUUGGGCGCGGCCGAGAAAACGUUCAGAAAGCCGCCGGUUGUGGAGUUUCAGAUUCCCAAGAGGAUAUUUACGGAUAGAUUAUUGUUGGAGGAGGAUGGGGGAAAGGAUACCGGGGUGGGUAGUUUGUUGAGGAAGGUUGUGGAGUUUCCUGUUGCGUAG